AUGAUGGAACAAAGAGGACGGAAGUCAUCGAGGGACGGGCAGCGGUGGGUUGCCUUUAUGUUCGCUCUGGUUUUCAGCGAAGCGUCGGCGCAGGUCAGAUAUUCAAUACCCGAAGAAACCCGAGAAGGCUCCGUCGUGGGGAAUAUAGCCAAGGACCUGGGGCUAGACAAACACACGCUGAAGGAGAGGGGAUAUCGCAUCGUGGCCGGAUCCACCGAAGCUCUCUUCCAGGUUAACCGGGAUGAUGGCAUCUUGUAUGUGAGCCAGAAAGUCGACCGAGAAGAGAUUUGCGCGGGGAGCGGUACUUGUUUAGUCAACCUGAAAACCGUACUGGAGAACCCGCUUGAGAUCCAUUACGUGGCCGUGGAGGUGUUGGAUGUAAACGAUCAUCCCCCCGUCUUUCCAGAGGAGGAGAAACGACUGGACAUCUCCGAGUCCGUGCUCCCAGGGACGCGGUUUCAGUUGCAAGCCGCAGCUGACGCGGACGCCGGCGUGAACUGCGUGCAGCAGUAUAAACUGAGUCAGAAUGACCACUUCCGAUUGGAAAUUAUAGACCGAGGCGAGGAUGGGAAAAUUCCCGUUUUAGUUUUACAGAAGCCGCUCGACCGGGAGGUAGCGAACAAACACACGUUUACAUUGACGGCUAUUGAUGGGGGGAAGCCUCCUCGAUCCGGGACUGUUGAGCUAACCGUGGACGUUCUCGACGUCAAUGACAAUUUACCAGUAUUUACAAAGGAUGCAUAUGCAGUUACCUUGGAUGAAAAUGUUCCGAUUGGCACUACACUCAUAAAGGUUAACGCCACAGAUUUGGAUGAAGGCUCAAACGGUGAGGUCCUUUAUUCUCUCGGUAACAAUGUGAACAACAAGUUACGCAAACUUUUCGACGUGAAUGCAAAUACCGGGGAAAUAAUUGUAAAAGGACCGAUAGAUUUCGAAGUGAAAGAUAACUAUGAGAUUGAUAUACAGGCUUCUGACAAGGGCUAUGUUCCCUUAACAACUGAUAAAAGUGUUAGGGUAAAAAUUGUUGACCUUAACGAUAACGCCCCGGAAAUUGAAGUUACUUCUUUUUCUGACUCAGUUGCCGAGGACUCCAGACCCGGAACGACUGUUGCACUGAUAAGUGUCAACGACUUAGAUUCUGGACUGAAUGGCAAAGUUGUUUGUUUCAUUCCUGAGGACGUUCCUUUUACAUUAACGCCGUCACUACAGGAUAACAUGUACUCUCUGGUCACCAAAUCUCCCCUCGACAGAGAACGACAGGAUCUUUUCGAUAUUACUAUUGUGGCCAAAGAUGCUGGAGAGCCAGUGUUAUCAUCUGAAAAAGCAAUCCACGUUCUGGUAUCAGAUGUGAAUGACAACAGUCCGGAGUUUCUGCAGAGCCCCUAUUCAUUUUAUAUUACUGAGAACAACACUCCAGGUGCGUCUAUAUGUUCAGUCAAGGCUUUUGAUAAUGAUCAGGGGGAUAAUGCUCUCAUUUUGUAUCACAUUCUGAGAGAUAGAGGUGAAGAUAAAGUGUCCUCCUUUCUUAACAUCAAUUCUGAAACAGGGGACAUAUUAGCUCUAAAAAGUUUCGACUUUGAAACACUGAAGACUUUCCAGUUCCACGUGGUUGCCACAGACUCCGGAAGUCCCUCGUUGCGCAGCAACGUGACAGUGAACGUGUUCAUCCUGGAUCAGAACGACAACGCUCCAGUCAUCUUGUAUCCAGUCAGCGCUAACGGUUCUGCUGAAGGUGUGGAGGAGAUUCCCCGCAAUGUGAACGCAGGUCAUCUGGUGACUAAAGUGAGAGCGUAUGACGCUGAUAUAGGAUAUAACGGCUGGUUGUUAUUUUCACUGCAGGAAGUCACUGACCACAGUCUGUUUGGUUUGGACCGCUACACAGGACAGAUAAGAACACUUCGCUCAUUCACAGAGACAGACGAGGCUGAAUAUAAACUGGUCAUACUGGUGAAAGACAAUGGGAACGUGUCACUCUCAGCAACAGCUACUGUGGUUGUCAAGGUUGUGGAGCCCAAAGAGGCUUUUGCUGCUUCUGAUGUUAAAAGUGCAGCAAAAGAUGAAGAUGAGGACAAUGUGACACUUUAUUUGAUGAUAACUUUGGGCUCAGUUUCAGCACUUUUCCUCAUCAGCAUCAUCGUGUUGAUUGUGAUGCAGUGCUCCAAACCUGCAGACUAUUCCUCCAAGUAUUUACAAGACCCCAAUUAUGACGGGACUCUGUGUCACAGCAUCCAGUACAGAUCUGGAGACAGACGGUACAUGUUAGUUGGACCCAGAAUGAGUAUAGGAUCUACUAUAGUCCCAGGAAGCAAUGGGAAUACUCUAGUGGUCCCAGACAGGAGGCGAACAUCUGUAGAGGUAAGACAAAUAUUGUUAUCAAAAUAA